CAACAUGGUCGUCUGCCCACUAAACGAUUUUUUAUGCCUUACCUCUACAUAUAGUCCUUCUGACUCUGAAUCUGGUAAGAACCUUCAUUAUUAUGAAAAUUAUGAUUCUGGUGGAUCUAAUGAUUCUGCAAAUCCGAGCACGUGCAAUGAUCCCGUACAUCUCUUGGCGAUGGAAAAAUGCAUACAAGCUGCAAAAGUGAUGAAAAAUCUGCGUGCUCAAAUUAAGUCUCUCAAGAUGAACGUACAUCAUGUUGACACGGACAAAGAUGUUGAAUACAUAAAGAAGGAGCUACAGAACAUGAGAGAGAUCAAUGGCAAACUCAAUGACCAAUUGACCUCGUCUUUCACACACGAGAAGGAGGUUGAACUUCAGUCUGCACUUGCACGAACCGUCAUCCUGGAGAACGGACUGAAAACAUUCAAGCAGGCAAGUUCAGAAAAGGAUCAA